CAUCCAUGACGGGCGUAUUGGCGUUACAAGCAUCAUCAAUGCUGCAGCGCGUGUUGCCCCUUCCGUCGCUGCCGUCGCUGCCGUCGCUGCCGUCGCGUGCCACCUGGAGCCUGCGCUCAAGAUCCUCACACACGACCACCUCCAGUACACAUCCCAACACGCAAGUCCCGGCGUGGGCGCGACCGGCGCAGGUGAAACCGGUUCUCAUCACAACGCCAAUCUUCUACGCGAAUGCCGUUCCACACAUUGGCCACUUGUACUCGGCGUUGCUCGCUGAUGGUGUCAACCGAUGGCAUCGCAUGCUUGGUCACCAGACAGUGUUCAGCACGGGUACCGACGAGCACGGCAUGAAGAUCCAACAGGCAGCGGCUGCAGAAGGGCUCACACCACUGGAAUUGUGCGAUCGCACCUCGACACGGUUCCGGGAACUCUUCGAUCUCUGCGAUAUCGGGUACACGGACUUUGUGCGAACCACCGAGGAGAGACACAAGGCGGUGGCAAGAGCAGUAUGGACCAAGUUGGCUUCCGAGCAGCUCAUCUAUCUCGGGAAUUACGCGGGAUGGUAUUCCGUCCCCGACGAAACGUUCGUCCCGGAGGCCCAGACCGUGGCGGGCGUAAGAAAGCGCGACGGCGCGCCGUGCAAGCUGUCGCUCGAAUCAGGCCACGAGCUAGAGUGGGUGGAGCAGCCCAAUUACAAGUUCAAGCUGCCGCUGUUUAAGGAAAAGUUGCUGCAAUGGCUGGACUCUCAGCCUGCAACUGUCGCGCCUCAGAAUCGACUCGCCUGGACGGUGCAAGAGGUCGGGCAAAUGAAAGCGACGUCAGAUGCAGACGAUCUCUCAGUGUCUCGACUGACCCAGUACUUGCAAUGGGGCAUCCCAACACCCAACGACCCUUCGCACGUCAUGUACGUCUGGCUCGAUGCGUUGACCAACUACCUGACGGUUUCGCAAGUACCGGUGCACAAGUUGAGUGAGGUCAAAAAGACUGGGGCCAAGCCCGAGUUCCCCGCGUUGGAUGGCCAGGUCUUUUCAGCUUGGCCAGCGGACUACCACAUUAUCGGCAAGGACAUUCUCAAGUUCCACGCCAUUUAUUGGCCCGCGUUCUUGCUUGGCGCCGGACUGGCACCACCCAAGCGCGUGAUUGCACACGGCCACUGGACUGUAAACGGACAGAAAAUGUCCAAGAGCAAAGGCAAUGGCGUGGAUCCAUUCGACCGUGUCGCGGUGCAUGGUGUGGAUGCGGUGCGAUACUUUUUGUUCCGUGACAGUCAGCUCGACUCUGAUUGCGACUACUCUGACACGCGUGUCACCGACCUGUUCAAUGGCGAGCUUGCUGCGGCGUUUGGCAACCUGUUGUCGCGCGUGUUCGCCCGUGCUCUGCUGCAGCCCGCGAAUCAGCCGUCCGCAACAUUGUCAUCAUCACCAUCGUCUGCGCAAACUGCAGAUGACCUGGCCGCGUGGGCGUUCGUUCCCUCAAAACUGGAUGGAACGGCUUGGACACGGUCUGACGCCAUUCAAGUGCUUCCUCCGAUUGCUCAGGAGCUGCACGACAAGCUCAACCAGCUUCCUUCGUUGGUGCACGAGGCAUACACGGAUGCCCAGUUUGCGCGUGGCAUCACCGCUGUGCUCUUUUCCAUCCAGUGCUGCAAUCGCGCUUUCACCAUCGUUGAGCCAUGGACGCUCGCCAAGACAAUCCGCGAAGGAGCGCUCAAGAACGAACCAGUCAACGAGACAGCACUGACGCAACUGCGGGCGAUGCUGUAUCUGACCCUGGAGACACUUAGAAUUGCGUCGCUGUGUUUGCUUCCAGUGCUGCCGCGUUCAAUGACCGCUGCACUCAACCAUCUGAGCAUACCCGCCGACCAACGCCUUGCGCAGCACAUCUUCUCCUCUCCGCUCGUCUCUGGCACCUUGCUUCCUGCAGCCGGUGGCAGUGUGGUGGUGUUUCCCAGCACGCGCCGCGCAAACCCCGUGACCACAGGUGCGGCCGCCACUCAAUCUGGCAAGCCAGCCAAGACCAAGCAGAAAAAGCAAAAGGACUCUAGCUCGUAGGAGCGAGCGCUUUCUCUCUGAUUGCGUCCUGGCUCCGCUUUGAAAGAGAGUUCAACAAUUGGAAACAAUAAACCCU